AUGGCGGCAGCUCCGCCGGUCUCCAAGGCUGAGUAUCUGAAGCGUUACUUGUCUGGGGCAGAUGCCGGCCUGGAAGGAGGUUCAGAGUCCGUUCGGAAGAGGCGCAAAAAACGACCGAAGCCGGGAGGCACCGCUGGCAAGGGAAUGCGGAUUGUUGAUGACGAUGUGGGCUGGGCAGCUAUCUCUACCACUAAGCCGGAAAAGGAGGAGGAAGAGGAUGGAGAUUUACCUGUGGUGGCUGAGUUUGUGGAUGAGCGUCCAGAAGAGGUGAAGCAGAUGGAGGCCUUCCGCUCCAGUGCCAAAUGGAAGCUCCUUGGAGACCACAGUGAAGAUGGGCAUUUCCGUCAUGAUGAACAAGAUCCAUCUUCUCCUAGGAGGGUUCGUCAUGACACCCCAGAUCCAUCUUCUAGGAGGGCCCGUCAUGACACCCCAGAUCCAUCUCCUCCCAGGAAGACCCAUUAUGAUACACCAGAUCCGUCUCCUCCUAGGAGGGUUCGUCAUGACACUCCGGAUUCAUCUUCUCCUAGGAGGGCCCGUCAUGACACCCCAGAUCCAUCUCCCCCAAGGAGAUCCCGUCAUGAUACCCCAGAUCCCUCUCCCCCAAGGAGAUCCCGUCAUGACACCCCAGAUCCCUCUCCCCCAAGGAGAUCCCGUCAUGAUACCCCAGAUCCCUCUCCCCCAAGGAGAUCCCGUCAUGACGCAGACACAUCUCCUCCUAGAAGGGUCCGCCAUGACUCAGACGCUUCUCCCCCCAGGAAGUCUCAUCGUAAUUCUUCAGGUGUAUCUCCUAGGAGAGGCCAUCCUGGUUCCUCGGGUGUCUCUCCCCCCAGAAGGGCCCAUAACCACUCCCCUGACACAGCCGCACAUAGGAGGACUUUUGACACUUCAGACCCACAGCCUCUCAGGAGGGCCCGUCAUGACUCCCCUGAUUUGGAACUGUCCAGAACCAAAAGUAGUAAAGCUGCGGAAAGAUCCUCUAGCAAGACUGUACACCAGAGGGGGCUGGGGUCCUCUCACUCCUCACUCUCCAAGAACAGCAAGUACGGGCAGGACUCUGACCUUUCUCCACGGAAACGGCAAACAAAGGCUCAUGUUGGAGCUAAGAAGCAGCUUGAUCCUAAAGGUGUCUGCCAAAAAGCCUCUGAUUCAGACCUUUCUCCUCCACGGCAAAAACAAAAUCCAGGACACCAGGAUUCUGACUCAGAUCUGUCACCGCCACGGAACAGACAGAGACGCCGGAGCUCUGACUCUGACCUCUCUCCACCCCGGAGAAGACAGAGGACCAAAUCUUCUGAUUCUGAUCUCUCUCCUCCUCGAAGGAGUCCCCAUCCUGGGAAGAAGCAUGCACGUAUGUAUUCUGGAGCAAAAACUGGGUUGGUGACUGAUGUUCAGCGGGAGCAGCAGGAUCUCAAGAAACAGGACCAAGACACCACAGCCCUUGGAGCUCAGUUUCAAUUCGCUGAAACGGUGUUUCGAGACAAGUCUGGUCGUAAGAGGAAUUUGAAGCUGGAACGCCUGGAGCAGAGGAGAAAAGCAGAGAAGGACUCAGAGCGAGAUGAGCUUUAUGCCCAGUGGGGCAAAGGGCUUGCCCAGAGCCGGCAGCAGCAGCAGAAUGUAGAGGAUGCCAUGAAGGAGAUGCAGAAGCCUCUGGCCCGCUAUAUCGAUGAUGAAGAUCUGGAUCGGAUGCUGAGAGAACAAGAGAGAGAAGGGGACCCGAUGGCCAACUUCAUUAAGAAGAAUAAGGCUAAGGAGAACAAGCACAAGAAAGUGAGGCCUCGCUAUAAUGGUCCUGCACCUCCGCCCAAUAGAUUCAAUAUCUGGCCUGGAUACCGCUGGGAUGGAGUGGACAGAUCCAAUGGCUUUGAACAGAAGCGCUUUGCCAGGCUCGCAAGCAAGAAGGCUGUGGAGGAGCUUGCCUACAAGUGGAGUGUGGAGGACAUGUAGCUUCUCCGAGGCUGUGCGGUGCUAUGGUGGUGGUGGCACAGGACAGCCCGACAUCCAGCUCUAAUGCUUGUCUUGCUAGACACAGACCAGCAAUUCGCGGUCAGUUCUGACCUUUGGACUAGGCACCUACCCUUGGCUGUGUCCGUGCUGUCUGACUGGCUUUGGCAGAACACAGUGACUUCUCUAUCCCAGGGCUUGUUCUUAGCCAGUGCUUUUCUUCUUAUUUUUAAAAAUAAACACAUAUUUAUUUUUUGUAAUCAUUUCCUAACUGGGUAUUCUGCUUGGGGAAGAAUUCCAGCUAGUAUUGAACUUCCUGGGGUCUUGGGGGUGUUAGUGAAGGGUGUUUCCUUCAUCUAGCGAGCAGUGUGAGUAAAACCUUCGGGAGUGGCAGUUGUUCUUCUGUGCAAAUCAGAAUUUAGUGUUAAAACAGGUUCAGGAAUCCUGGAACCUGGUGUGUGAUGAGGUAGUGGGUGCUACAUGUUAGUGGGAAAGGUGGCUAGUGGGGCUCAGAAAAUUAUUGUUAUUUUUAUUAUUGUAUGAACAAAAGUGAAGUGGGUCCUAAAGCCAUUAUGGACCCAGAUGAAGUUUAGUGCCAUGAAGCUGGAAGAUGGCUCAUACGAGGGCCCUGGGCUUGUGACCCCAGCAGCGAGUAUUAAAAUCUGGUAGGAGCAAGUGAUGGGUUACACCCCAUGUGAAGACAGUUCAAACCACAACUGUGAUUGCUUUGACUACUGCAUAAUGCAGGGUUCUCCCUUCAAUAGGCAGGUCAAGUCAGAGCUAAAGAUGCCUACAGAUGCCGAGAAAGCACUGGCAGUCUAAAACAAUGAUGAGGGAUUGCAUACAUGAAGGAUCGACUGUGUGACAGAACUGUACAAAUCAGGAAGGAAAAGACAACUGAAAACUGGAAAAAAAUAAAAAUUGAGAUAGCUAGUGGGGUAUUGCCUCACUCGCAGUUAACUAGAUGCACAUUACACCAUUUUCUGUUCUGCAGUUAGUACGGCCACACAGCUCUCGAGAAUGAAAACUCAGUGUCAGCCGGUGUUGGUUGAGGGCUGCAGAUGGGCAGCUGACUUGGGACAUAAGACUGGGAAGCAGUGCUAUGUGGUCUUGUAAGGCUGGGCAGUGGCGCCAUGCUGCUGGAAGCGGACUCUGGCUGUCCUUUGCUAGCAGGUGUGAGCUGCUUAACUUCUCUGUGCCGUAACUUCUGUGAAAUAGAGAGGAGAGCACCUACCUCAUGGGCUUACUAUGCAUUUAAAAACUGCUGGCAUAUAGUGAACGCCACAAAAUUCUUAGCUGUUAGUAUCAUUGUCUCCAUUAGCAUUAAGUUGGUAGCUAGCUUCCAGGGUAGCUCUUUUGGUCCCUGCUCUCUGGCAUUCAAGCCCUUGGGUAGUCCGCUCCUGGAGUAAGUAGGUCUAGCUUGUGUCCCCAAUAGGAUGUGUAGGAAUCAUGUGACUUCUGAAAGUUCAUGAAAGACAUGGCUGCAGUCCCCUCCAGGAUAGCUUGGUGUGAAGAAAGAUGUCCUCCCAGUGGGCACUCCAGCAGCCCUCCAGGGGCCAUGUGAAGGCAGAGGCCUUCUCCAGACCUGCCUGGGCAGGCCUUAGGCGCAGCCCUCAUCUAUAUAACUUGACCCAAGCCUGCAAAAGCAGAGCUACUAGCUCUAGCUCUGGGACUCAAAAAAGCUGUGAUGAUGUUCAGUGUUUUCUUAAAAUCAAAACCCCCUGUAGCUUUAAAAGAUAAAUUACAUAGCAUAUGGUCCUUUCAGUGUAGAAUCAAUGUGUUUUAGCACACCUUGGAGCUGUGCAACCAUCAGAACAAUGAUAUUGAAGUACUGUUAUCGUAUGGAUACUGGAACCUUGUUUCCGUUCCUGGUCACUUGUCACUCCCCUGACUACCUCUGCCCCGGACAACUCCUGGCUGAGUUCUCACCUCCCAGGAUUUCUACUUUGACAUUGUUGUCAUGUGAAUGCAGCUGUCAUCUAACAUGGCCUUUUGUGUCUGGCUACUUGCAUGUCACAUGUUUCCAAACUUUAGUUGUGUUGCAACAUCCCCUUCUCUCUUUUUGACUUGAUAUUUCUGUGUGGUUAUCACACACAUUUUAAUGACGAUUUGAUGGUUACAAAAUGUUUCCACUUUUGAUUGUUAUAAAUAUUGCUGCAAUGAAUAACCAAUAUACAAGGUUUUUGGUGGGUGAAUUUUUUAAAGAAAUA